GCUCUUAGGAUAAAAUGGCUGAUAGUAAUACUAACUUGAUUUGAUACUAUUGAUUGAAUGCCCACGAUGACGAUGACGAUGAUGAUGUUGAGGAUGAAAAUGGUGUUGCUGGCGGUGAUGAUGCUGUGGGAAAAGGAGGGAGGUCAUAGUAGUAUUUCCACGGCAAACGCUCAAUCCCCUUCAGCAUACUUUGGCCCGAUCUAUUUGAUAGUGGUUGAGAUUGAGCCAUGGUCGUGCGACGGGAUAGUGACGGAGACGGCGCGCUUUGAGUACAUGGACAACCUGCCGCCCAAAGCCGAACGCGUGGUGGGAUGCAGGCACGGUGAGAACGUCACCGACAUCAGUUUGUUCAGGCGCCUUCUUUCGGAGGUCGUGACUCUUUCUCGGUUUCAACGAGUGCCCGUCUCCCUCAGUCUCCCCACCUGCUCGCUGGAAUGGCACUGGGGGCUGACCAAGAACCCCGUCAACUACACGCUUUUCUAUACCAAGACGAGGAUGCUGCAUUCGUGCGAUCGAUCGUGGGGGGCGAGGCGGCAGUACUUCUUGACCAUCUCGCUGCCCGAUUGGCACUGGAAUUUCGCUAGCUUGCUAGCGCGUGUCGUACUGCAGUUCGCUCUGGACGGCGACCCUGCCGUGAGCGUCCGUCACAAGCGACCUGGGUUGAAGACGCGCACGACGGCCGACUGGUCGAUGGAGAAGCGCUUCUUCAAGGGGACAGCCAAGGCGAAAGGCCAGUUUAAGUCGGUGAUCACUGUGGGACCCGUCAAGGCUGUGGCAGCGGGAGAUGUUGUUGACAUCAACGUUGCGUACCAGUACGUGGGGGUGAACAAGAGCUGGCCGCACUGCAGCUGCCCCUACCACUACCGGUUCUUCAAUCAGUCGACCAUCGUGGCGGCGCUGAUGUUCGUGCUUGUGUUGACGAUCGUUACGUCGUGUCUAGUGGGCCUAGGAGCAAGGAACCUGUGCGGGCAGCUGAAGGACUGCUCGCGCUGCCAAGGGACGGGUGUGGGGCUGCCACAGCAUCGAGCGCGGGGAAGAACCGUACCUGCUGGAGUUUGCCGCAAGUGCCGCGGCCAGGGAACAGUCCACACGACUCGGGGGUUCCCGCGAUGGCUGCGUGUCAUCGGCUUCUUCGGUCUGCUGACUAUCAGACUCCCUAGGUGCGCGAAUAAUAAUAAUAAUAACCCCUCCGGCGGGAAGUUGAACCCCAUUCCGAUGGGAGGAGGAGGCCGGCGGUCUUCCUCUGCCAGGGUGUCGGGCCCAAGCUCCUUCUCGGACUGGAACAUUACCCAGUCCGGGAAGGCACUGGCGGAACAACAACGAAGUAGACGCCAAAGCCGGCGGCUAUCGGAGAUGCCAGGUGCCCCAACCAGCAUCAAGCAAGGACAAGGACAAGGACAAGGACAAGACGGCGGCCGCGACACCUCCUAUCCUUCGCACCCCAAUCCUCCUGCCAGCGACGAGCAACCGAACAAGAGACAGUCAGUAGUGGAACACAAGCGGAGGUCCCGGAUGUUAGGACAUCGUCGAAGCCGUAAUGCGAGUGAUCAUGAACUGCAACUGCAACAAGCAGAGGGAGGAGGAGGAGGAGGAGGAGGAGGAGGACUUGCAAAUGGCAGUGGUGAAGGGACUUCUAGACAGGCGAGAGUAUCUGUCCUAGGUUGGGAAAGAAGUUACAGGAACAGACACAGACAGUCCGGCCUGAAAUUGGUCCAGAAGGAGCGGGAGCUGGUCAUAAGCAAGGACCAGGUGCAGGAUCAAGUUGUAGUUGUCCUCCAGAGUGAUAAACCCGCCGCGCAUGCUCAGGAACCCCCAGCAUAAACUCGAGUUCUUGUUCCUCAGAGCCGAGGGUCAGAUCCCACUACCGUGGAUUAUUCAUUUUUCACCCUCGAUUACGAAGGUCAACGGUCACAAAUGAACAAUAGGGGCUACC